ACUCAGCCUGACGGCCUGAGCCAGAGCAGGAAGUGCUCGUCCAACAAACUGAGCUAGCCAGCUAGUUUUAGUAAGGUAGAUUAGCUUGGCAUUCAACUCAGUUACUCAGUCACAAUGGGUCUGUUCGGUAGAACAUCAGAGAGACCACCUAAAGAACUGGUCCUUGAGUGGCAAAAAAGGAUCAGGACGGAAAUGAGAGGGACUGACAGACAAAUUCGAGAUAUUCAAAGGGAACAAGAAAAAGUUAAGAGAUCCAUAAAAGAUGCAGCCAAAAGGGGCCAGAAGGACGUGUGUGUGGUUCUCGCAAAGGAGAUGUAUCAGUCAAAACAAGCUGUCAGAAAACUUUACGCUUCCAAAGCCCAAAUGAACUCUGUGGUCCUCAGCAUGAAGAAUCAGCUUUCCCUUCUACGUGUAGCAGGGUCCUUGCAGAAGAGCACAGAGGUGAUGAAGGCGAUGCAGAGCCUUGUCAAAAUCCCAGAGAUCCAAAGCACCAUGAGGGAACUAUCAAAGGAGAUGAUGAAGGCUGGCAUUAUUGAGGAAAUGCUGGAAGACACAUUUGAGAGCAUGGAAGAUGGAGAGGAGAUGGAGGAAGCAGCAGAGGAGGAAGUUGACAGGAUCCUCUUUGAGAUCACAGCAGGUGCUCUUGGCAAAGCUCCAAGCAAAGUCACAGACGCCCUGCCUGAAAUAAGUCCCGCCGCAGCUGCUGCCGUUUCAGACGAUGAGUCAGAAGAAGACAUUGAAGCGAUGCAGUCAAGACUGGAAGCUCUGAGGAGCUAAGGUGAACUGCCAGUGUUCUGUCAAAGUCAGUCGGCUCACUCCAAUAAGGACAGAGACAUUUCUGGUUCUAGGUUUACAGCGCUGAGCAUCCUCUCUGCUUCAUAUUAUUAUUUGACAUAAUCAUUUGGGGUUAACUUUGUGCUAUGACAGUUUUAAAAAGCUUUUCUUAUAGAACGUUUGGUCUACUCAGCCAGAAGAAAAAGGUGUUUUUGCUUUUUGUCGUUACUAUCAGGGGUAUCCCUAGGUAAGUCUUUAUUAUCCAAAGUCAAACAGAAGGUUUAAGACAGUGUAUAUAAUGUAAGUAUGAAAAGCCUGCUGUGCCUACAGUGCUUCAUCAUUUUCUUCUGUCCUAAAUUACGGACUAGGGGUGGAGGUACUUGGGUAUUUAUGAUCCAAACAAGCAGUUAAAUUGCCAUUCUGCACUUAAAUCAAACCCUAGAUCACUAUUCAGCAGUGGCUCUAAUCUGUUGUUCAGAUGCUCUGUUUACUGGUAACUAGCCUACAUUAUCUGAAACACUAGAAAUGAAAGGUGGAUUUCUCCUUUUUGAUAGUUAAUUUUCCGUACAGUCCAAAUGUAUCUAUUCUGUAUGUGAUCAUACAUGUUAAGCGCACUCAUCAGAAAAAUGCACGCACACUACCCUAACCCAUUUUGAUUUUGCAUUAACAUUCAGCUCGUUAAAUGUGUGGCUUUGUAUCCAAGUUUGAGUUCCUUCUCAGCAGGAAGAUGCAGAGGAAAUGGUAAGGUUGGUUAGUGCAGAACCUACGUAUUGUGGAAGUAUUGUGUGUGUAUAAUAUUUCUAUGUGAAUGGGGGGGGAAUAAACUUUUAAGGACAAUGGAUGCCAAUAAGAACUUCCACAUUAUGCCCAUUUCUACUCAAAACAUUAAAUGUUUGGCUUAAAGGUCAAGUGUGUAACAUUUAGAAGGAUUUGGUGGCUUCUUUUGGUGAAUUGCAAAUUGCAACCAGCUGAAACUUCUACCAGCUGGAAUUCCUUUACUGUUCAGGAGGUUUUUAGUGGGAGCCAAAUGAUCCGCAUAACAUACGGAACAGGUAUUUAAAACCAGUAAAAACACUCAAUAAAGCAGUUGCACAUUACAAAUCAGUGUUUCUCCAACGCUGUUUGGCAUCUCAGAGAUGGGCGGCUCGCCCACUGCGUGCUAUUAUAUAUUCAUCAUAUUACAAAUCUGUGUAGCUCCGGUGUUGCUUAUUGCAGAUGGGCCUCAGACUAUGGUACCUGAGGUGAAAAUGCAAAUGGCUCCAUCUAGAGACAGUGUUCGGUUUGCCCGUUCUGGGCUAUUGUAGAAACAUGGCCGUUCAACAUCCUCCAUAAACGAGGACCUGCUUCCUAUGUAAAUAUAAAUUUCUCAUUCUAAGAUAACGAAAGCACCGUAAUUCUUAUUUUCAGGUGAUUUAACACCAAAGAAAAUUCAUCAUAUUCCAUUUCUGCCGAUAUACCCCCUUAAAUUCUAUACACCUGACCCUUUAUAUGAUCAGAAAUGAUCUUUUGGGAAUACUGCACAGAAAAUGUAAUUCUGUCGACACAAACAGCUGUCCAGCAGAUGAAACUGCUUGCUCAACAGUUCUCAAAACAAACCAAGCAGUAAAGAGUUAAAUUACUGAGAGUGCUGCUUUUCAUCAUUCUGCUGUUCAGGGGUUACAGUCCACCAAUCAUCAGAUGCUGGAGAUACAACUCAGAAACUGUCAAAUGAUUAAUUUCUGGCCUAUUUAUAAUUAACCUGCCAGAUUAUGGGAGCAGAAUUACAUGAUAUUGAUAUUUGAAGGCCCCAUAUUGAACUCAUUUUAAGGUUCAUACUUUUAUUUUGUGUUUCUACUAGAACAAAUUUUUGUGCUUUAAUGUUAAAAAAAGAAUUGUUCUUCUCUUACUGUGUGCCUGAAUAUACUCUCCAUCUGAAACACUG